AUGUUUUGUUAUCAUGACGAUUCAUUAGUUAACAAGAAGUGGUUUUUACAUACUUUGAAUAAAAUAUUUCCUGAUAAGCAUUUAGCAGGGCAUGGUUUUAGAGAUGGAGGAAUAACGGAAUUAAUACUUAGAGGAUUUCCACCUUAUAUUGUACAAAUAGAAGUCUUAUUCUCCAAAAGGACCGAUAAAGUAAAAUUGCAAUCGUUGGAAAUCAAUGCACCAGUUAUAAUCUUAGUUGGAAAAACAGGUGCCGGUAAGAGUACGUUGGGAAAUCAUUUGUUAAGGAUCUCUGAUGAUGAUAAAUCGACCUUUGAGGUCUCCGGAGAUUUUGAUUCAUGCACCAACAAAUCUAGUUCCGCUGUUUACAAAAUUGGUGACAAAUCUUACAACAUCAUUGAUACUCCAGGAAUUUUUGAUACUAACAAGCCAAAUAAAGACAUCCUUGAUGAAAUUGCGCGCACCGUACAAAAAUGUGCUUAUGGGAUCAAGGCCAUACUAUUUGUUUUUGAAGCAAAAAGGUUAACGGAUGAGCAAAAAAACGUGAUCGAUGGGAUUUCGACGUUUUUCGGGGAAGAGGCCUUUCUAUACAUGAUUUCUGUUUUUUCGAAUUGUAACAAGAUAAAUACAAACGAUCCCAAAAAAUUUGAAAGAUCUUGGAACAAAAAGGUUCGCAUGUUUGUCAAUCGCAUGGGUAAUCGGUGGGCCAUUUCUCCGAAUCCAGACAUCUAUCCUCUUGGAACUAGCAUGCACGAAAAAUGUCUAGAAAACUUAGAAAAUACUAUUAUUUCCCUUAAUGGUGUGUAUACAAAUGAACUUCUUGAAAAGACACGAAAAGAACAGGAAGAUCGUGCGCGGAUUGCAAGGGAAGAAAAAGAAAGGCGACAAAAAGAAUAUGAUGAAAUAAAAAGAACUGAAGGUAAAGCCAAGGCAGAAGCAGAAUACUUGAAACGGAAGAAUGAAGAUGAUGAAAGAGCACGUAUUGCAAAUGAAAAUCAUCUCAAUGAGCUUAAAAAUGACAUGAUUAAAAAAAUUAAUGAUCUAGAACGUACGAAUAAAGAGCUUAUUCAAAAAAACAAAGAUGAAAUAGAAAGACUUGUCCAGAACAGUCAAAAUGAACUAAAUCAAAACGAAAACAGAAUCGGUAACCUUCGACGAGAAAAUGAAGAACUUCGAAAUAAGCUUAAUAAUCAAGGAGGUUGUUUCUGGCUUGAAACCCGUGUUAAACUGGAAUCAGGAAGAGUCAUUCGAAUGUCGGAACUCCAAGUAGGAGAUCGAGUGAUGUCAAACAUCCGCAAUGGUAUUGAAGAGUUCUCAGAUGUUUACCUUAUUGCUCACGUUGGUAAACUCGAUCAUGAAGAAAAAUUUACCAAAAUUAGCUUUACCAAACCAAACGGUUCUAAAGGUCAAUUGCGGCUCACAAUCACUCACUACGUCUUCAAUGAAAAUUUAUCUAUAAUGUUUGCCAAAGAUUUGCAGCCAGGAGAAACCAAAAUUUUAGUUUCCGAUGGUAAAAAUAUGUUAGUUCCUGUAAUUGUGGAUGAUAUAACGAAUGAAUGGUAUGAUGAAUACAUAAGUUUUUACACUCGUGCCGGUACAGUUAUUGCUGAAAAUGUAUUAAGUUCUUGUUAUGACGAUUGUCCGCCGUCUCAAUCGCUCAUGGAUCUUAUUUUUUUGCCAGUUCGCUGGUGGACCGUUUUCAAACCAAGCACGCAUCGCGAAAAGCGCCUUCAUCCUUAUGUUCAGUUCUUGGAAACGACUUAUUUUUCUUUAAUCAAUUUUAUCGCGUGA